ACAACGUAGCAGCCAUCUUUUGCCUGAUUAUGGUGUUUGAGGUCCGCUCUUCACGACCCAUUCAAGCUUCCCCGACAUGCGCCUGGGGCCAACAUUUCCAGACCUUUCAUUUGGGGAGAAAGAGGAGGAGCGGCUAAAAGCGGAGGUUUGAGGGCCUAGAGUGGUGAUGUACGUCCCCCGGGCGGAGUUUCUUUGCGUUUGCCCUCACUUCUCAGAAAGCACUGCACGGAGGAAGAGACAACAGAGCCCCACGACUCUGCACUUCCCCAGAAGGAGAGAGAAAAUGAGCACAUUCCAGGAGGCGGUGACCUUCAAGGACGUGGCCGUGGCCUUCACCGAGGAGGAGCUGGGGCUGCUGGACUCAGCCCAGAGGAAGCUGUACCAGGAUGUGAUGGUAGAAAACUUCCGGAACCUGGUCUCAGUGGAAGAAAACAAUCAAAGUGAGUUGAGGGCCGUUCAAGACAGAGGAUCACGUGAAGACCUUUCCUGCCGGCAAAUCUGGCAACAAAUUGCAAAUGACUUAACCAGAUGCCAAGACUCCACGAUAAAUAGUUGUCAGUUCCACAAACAAGGUGAUUCCCCCUGCCAGGGUGGGGCAGGACUCUCUAUUCAAAUUUCUGAAGAUGAGAACCAUAUAUUAAAUGAUAAAGCGGGUGAUCCCAGUAGUACUGGAAAUCCAAGGUUUGCAACCUUGAGAGCCCAGGAUUCCUGGAGGAAAACUUCAUUGACUGAGUUGCAGAAUUAUCAGAAUAGACACCAGCAAAUUUCCAUGAAAAAUAAACUGUGUCAGGGUAAAGAGGAUGUUGACACCAUCAGUUGGAUUUCACAUCACCUUGAUGCUCAUGGAGUACACAAGGGUCAAAAAUCUUACAGCUACAGUGAUUAUAGAAAAGAUAGCACGAGGGUUUCAACACUGGAUCAGAAAACUAUGAUUCACACAGGACAAAAACCUUACCAGUGUAACGAAUAUAAAAAAACCUUCACCGAUCUCUCCACCUUUGAUCUUCACCAGCAAUUACACUCAAAAGAGAAGUCUCACGUGUGCAGUGAGUGUGGAAAAGGCUUCCGUUACAGCUCAGUUCUUCAUAUUCAUCAGAGCGUUCACGUGGGAGGAAAAUGCAGUGAGUGUGAUGAGUGUGGCAAGGAGUUCAGUCAGAGCUCACAGCUGCAGACUCCUCAGAAAGUCCACACUGUAGAGAAACCGUUCAAAUGUGGGGAAUGUGGGAAAGGCUUCAGUCGUAGGUCAGCACUUACUGUUCAUUGUAAAGUCCACACGGGAGAGAAACCUUAUAAUUGUGAGGAGUGCGGGAGGGCCUUCAGUCAGGCCUCUCACCUUCAGGACCAUCAGAGAGUCCACACUGGGGAGAAACCAUUCAAAUGUGACAUGUGUGAUAAGAGCUUCAGUCGGAAUUCACACCUUCAGUCCCAUCAGAGAGUCCAUACGGGAGAGAAACCAUACAAAUGUGAGGAGUGUGGGAAGGGCUUCAUUUGUAGCUCAAAUCUAUACAUUCAUCAGAGGGUCCACACAGGAGAAAAACCCUACAAAUGUGAGCAAUGUGGGAAAGGCUUUAGUCGGCCUUCAAGUCUUCAGGCCCAUCAGGGAGUCCACACUGGAGAGAAAUCAUACAUAUGUAAUGUGUGUGGUAAAGGCUUUACUCUGAGUUCAAACCUUCAGGCACAUCAAAGAGUCCAUACAGGAGAGAAACCAUACAAAUGUGAUGAGUGUGGGAAGAGCUUCAGGAGGAACUCCCAUUAUCAAGUUCAUCUGGUUGUCCACACAGGGGAGAAGCCCUAUAAAUGUGAGGUAUGUGGGAAGGGCUUCAGUCAGAGUUCAUAUCUUCAAAUCCAUCAGAAGGCCCACAGCAUAGAGAAACCUUACAAGUGUGAGGAGUGUGGGCAAGGCUUCAAUCAGAGUUCACGACUUCAGAUUCACCAGCUGAUCCAUACCGGUGAGAAACCAUACAAAUGUGAAGAGUGUGGGAAGGGAUUCAGUCGAAGAGCAGAUCUUAAAAUUCACUGCAGAAUCCACACCGGAGAGAAACCGUAUAAUUGUGAGGAGUGUGGGAAAGUCUUCAGGCAGGCCUCAAAUCUUCUGGCCCAUCAGAGAGUCCACAGUGGAGAAAAACCAUUCAAAUGUGAAGAGUGUGGGAAGAGCUUUGGUCGGAGUUCACACCUUCAAGCCCAUCAAAAAGUCCACACUGGAGAAAAGCCAUACAAAUGUGAGGAGUGUGGGAAGGGCUUCAAGUGGAGCCUGAACCUCGACAUGCAUCAGAGGGUCCACACAGGAGAGAAACCAUAUAAGUGUGGGGAGUGUGGGAAGCACUUCAGUCAGGCCUCAAGUCUUCAGCUUCAUCAGAGUGUCCACACUGGAGAGAAGCCGUACAGAUGUGACAGAUGCAGUAAGGUCUUCAGUCGGUCUUCACAGUUACAGUCUCAUCAGAGAGUGCACACAGGGGAGAAGCCUUACAAGUGUGAGACCUGUGGUAAGAGCUUCAGUUGGCGCUCCAAUCUAACAAUUCAUCACAGAAUCCAUGCUACUGAUAAAUCCUAUAAAAGUGAUAGGAGUGGUAAGACUAUCAGAGAGCCCACACAGGAAAAAAGUUCCAUAAAAUGAUUAAAAAA